AUGUACUUUGUGUCUUCUGCCUUUCUUCUCGGCUCAUUCGUUCUUCAGAGCGUCUUGGGCCGACCAACCUUCGAUGAGAGGAGUCUCUUACAAGAGAGACAGUCUUCGGUCGACUCCUUUAUCAAGUCUGAGAGCUCAAUUGCUAUUGAGCAACUCCUCUGCAAUAUCGGCUCCGAUGGCUGCAACUCCAAGAACGUAGCCACUGGUAUUGUCAUUGCUUCUCCAGACACACAGGAUCCUGACUACUUUUACACCUGGACUCGAGAUGCUGCUCUAGUCUUCAAGUACGUCGUUGAUAGGUUCAUCAACCAGUAUGAUGCUGGCUUGCAGAGGAAGAUCCAGGAGUACAUCGCCUCCCAAGCCAAGCUCCAGGGUGUUUCCAACCCUUCUGGGUCGCUUUCGGAUGGCUCAGGUCUAGGAGAGGCCAAGUUCAACGUCGACAUGAGUGCCUUCACUGGUGGUUGGGGUCGACCUCAGCGAGAUGGUCCAGCUCUGCGUGCGACUGCUAUGAUCACCUAUGCCAACUGGCUGAUUGCCAACGGCUACACCUCCACAGCCAAUGACAUUGUGUGGCCUGUUGUUCGCAACGACCUUAACUAUGUGGCUCAGUAUUGGAAUCAAACCGGAUUUGACUUGUGGGAGGAGGUCAAGGGUAGUUCGUUCUUCACAACUGGUUCCCAGUAUCGAGCUCUCAUUGAAGGUGCCGCUCUGGCCAAGAAGCUUGGCAAGUCGGGAGAAAACUACUCCAACAUCGCUCCUCAGGCUCUCUGCUUCUUGCAGACUUACUGGAUCUCUUCUGGCAAAUACGUCGACUCUAACAUCAAUGUCAAUGACGGCCGCACUGGCAAGGACGCCAACAGUAUCCUGUCGUCCAUCCACAAUUUCGACCCUGCUCUGAACUGUGAUCCCGCCACCUUCCAGCCAUGCAGUGACAAGGCCCUCGCCAACCACAAGGCGGUUACUGACUCUUUCCGCUCAUGGAACAUCAACAAGGGUAUCUCUCAAGGCUCAGCUGUCGCCGUUGGACGAUACGUCGAAGAUGUCUACUACAAUGGCAACCCCUGGUACCUCGCUACGCUUGCCGCGGCAGAGCAGCUCUACGAUGCCAUUUAUGUCUGGAAGCAGCAGGGAUCCAUCACUGUGUCGGACGUCUCUCUUUCGUUCUUCAAGGACCUCGUCUCUUCGGUCUCUACCGGAACAUACGCCAGUGACUCUGCCACCUUCAAGAGCAUCACUGACGCCGUCUCCAAGUAUGCUGAUGGGUAUGUUGCCAUCGUUGCAAAGUAUGUCGGCACAGAUGGCCACCUCGCAGAGCAGUUUGACAAGAACGACGGCCAUCCUCUUUCUGCCACAGACUUGACUUGGUCAUAUGCCGCAUUCCUCUCAGCUGCUGAUCGUCGAGCUGGUGUUAUUCCUCCCUCUUGGGCUGGAAGCGUGGCUGCUGUCCCCAACCAAUGCGGUACCAAUACUGUUGCUGGAUCCUACUCAUCGGCUACUGCAACUUCGUUCCCAGCAUCGCAAACACCCAAGGGUGGUGUGCCCACUCCAACUGGCACCCAGACUUCCACUUCCACUUCCACUUCCAGCUCGUCCACUGGUACCAGUUGCCCUACUGCAACCUCUGUGGCUGUCACUUUCCAAGAAGUUGUCACCACCAACUUUGGUGAUACCAUCAAGAUCGUUGGCAACAUCGCUGCUCUCGGUAACUGGGACACAUCAAAGGCUGUUGCCCUGAGCGCCUCCGACUAUACCGCCUCGAACCCUGUGUGGAAGGCCACCAUUUCCCUAACUGCAGGACAGUCCAUCCAGUAUAAGUACAUCAACGUUAAGAAGGACGGCUCUCUUACCUGGGAGAAGGACCCCAACCGCACCUACGCUGUUCCUAAGACAUGUGCCACAACGGCUACCAAGUCUGACAAGUGGCAGUCUUGA